AUGGAUUCUUGGGUGGACGCAACCAAUCCAUUAUCAAACACGUUUGGUGGCUUGGGCAAUGGGAUCAGCAAUAUACUCAAUUUUUCUGAUCCACUACUAAGUCAAAUCUUAAAUUCAAAAAAGGCAUUGCAAUUACUAGACUCCGAGUUCACAUCAUCAUUAACAUCAGAAGCGGGUAUUGAAGCCACCUCAGAUGAAAACAAAGAUAAAUCUGUAGUCGAACUUCUUAUCAGUUCAAGUGAUGGUGAUCUUGUCAGUUUAGAGCGUAUAUUAAGAGCAUUUCCAGAAUUGGUUGAUAAAUUGUAUCCUAGUGAGAGUGGCGGGGUUUCGGCAUUGAUUUAUGCCAUUUGUUUUAAUAAUGACGACAUUGCAGCUUCAUUGUUGGAAAACCAUAACGCAGAUCCUGAUUUACAUGAUACCAUUGUCUACUACACGCCAAUUAUGUGGGCAGUAUAUUUGAAUCAAAUAGAUUUGGUGAAAUUAUUGAUUAAUUCACAAGCUGAUCCAUAUUUGAGUCCUAAAAAUGAUGGGAAAAACGCAAUCACUUUGCUUAAUCCAGAGUCGCAUGAAAUUGUUGAAUAUUUCAAAUCACACAACUUGUUGAAGCAUACCGGUGCUGAAAAUGAACAGGAUGUCUUUACUACAAAUACAUUUACACCCACGGAUGAAUUUGAAGACGACCUUCUGACGAAGUUGAAAUUGCAAACAUUGUCUGCCACGAUUGAGGAUGAAAAUGAAGAAGAACCAGUUCAUGAGGCUGACGACGAAAAUGCUCUUGCUCAAGAUCCAGUCAUACCAAGACUACCAGACUUUGAAUACGAUAAGUUAAUUUCUGAACAGUAUAUUAAAUUCACAGAUAGUGAUAUACCAUCCUUGAUUAAUUACAUUUUUAGGUUGAGAUCAAACUUAACCUACCAACACAAUACAAGAAUCCCAGCUGCUAUCUUGUUUCAAUUGGUUCGAUUUUCCCAUUUGAAAGUGGAUUCAAAUGAGUUGACAGAGUUUUUGUUUGAUUGUUUUACUGCAAGAUUAAGAUCCAUCACCAAUACUAAAUCUGGAGCAUUCAAUAUGGCAUUACAGGAUGAUACCAGUGCAAUGGGAGCUGGAGAUAUAGUUCUACUCAGUUAUUGGCUUUCAGCAUUGCAAUUUUUGCAUUUUUACUUUAGCAAAGGUAAGAUUUACCUUAAAUUUCCUCGGUUUCUACAAGAGAUUAUCAACCUUGUUCAGUCAUUAAUUGCAACAUUGUCAUUUUCAAUUAAUUCGCGAUUGAAUUUAUUAGUGAAUGAUUGUAUUUUGAACUUCACUAGUUUGAUUGAUGUUUCCAACACAUUGUAUGCCAAGGAUUGGAAUUUAUUCAAAAAGAACAAAUCACAUCCAAAUAAUUAUGACGAUAUUCUAAACACAUUGUAUCCACCAACACAAAACGAAUUGAUGAAACCAUCGCCAAUAAGAUAUAUUCAAGUACUUGGUGCUUUGGACUAUGUGUUGAAGAUCCACUGUGUGGAUAAACUUUUCCGGGUGCAAACUUUUUCACAGGUGUUUUAUUAUAUUGAUUGUGUCAUUUUCAAUAGCAUUAUUAGUCAGAGCAAGUAUUGCUCUCGAGCUAAGGCUGUUCAAAUUCGACUUAAUAUCUCUACUAUUGAAGAUUGGCUUCGGUCUCGUGAUUUGAAGGUGUAUAAGCAUGAUGAUAUUGGAGGAUUAAACAAGUUAGUUGGUGAUUCCAAUGUCCAAUUGCAUAAUUUGUUGAGUGAGGACAAGUCAUUACUAAAGAAAGACCCUAGAAAUUUGGACUUUUAUUAUGAUUCUGUUUACCAUAUCUGUAAGAAUCAGUUACAACCUACAAUAGAAUUGCUACAAUGGCUUCAAUGCAUGACGUCUUUGAAAGAUGAAGAAAGUUUAAUCAAUACAAUCAAUCAGUUUGACUAUUUGAAUUAUUAUCAGUUGUAUAAAGUGGCUCACAAGUUGUACAAAUAUGCUGUUGAUGAAACGAAAUUACCCAAGAAAUCAGUCAAUUUUAUUAAAGCGUUGAUGAAUGAACAAGGUGAGAAUCAAGUGAAUAAAAGCUUUCAACAUUACAUGACCCAAUCAACAUUCUUAUCCAAAGAGGUGUAUGUUUACUUAAAUCCAAAUUACAUCUUUGAGAUUGCAUUACCAAAUUUAACUGAGUUGAUCAAUACAUAUGGAUCAGGUACUGGUGGAGUUAGAGUAUUGAGAGCUAAAAAAUAUCAACCUACUUUACCUAUCAGUAUCGUUGAUGAUAUCGAUGAGAUAAUCACUGAGAAUAGAAACUUGGAAAUGAAUGAUACAUAUGAAUACGAAAAGGAUGAUGAGUAUGAGAAUGGUGACGCCAAUGAUGGCGAUGAUGAAACCGGUGAAAAGAAUAAUGAUUUGAGUAAGCCAGAUGGUGAUAAAGUAAACUUCAAAGGAGAUGAAUUAUUCAAAAGUGUGCAAAUGCCAAACUCUCUUUUACAUAGAAAUUGGGGUGACUCAGGAGCAGAUGAUUUUGAAACUAAUCCUUGGUAA